AUGGAGGGAGAGAAGGAGAGAGAGAGGGAGCGGGGAGAGGAGAAAGAGAGCGACGAGACGGAGGAAGAGGAGAAACAGAGCGACGAGGCUGAAGAGGAAGAUGAUGAGGAUGAUGAAGAUGCGGAGGGAGCGGCGUUGGUGUGGCAGGAGGGGUCGUACGGAGAGGAUGACCUGGGCCUACCCAUAAUGCAUUGGGAGGCGCUGAGCCUGCGCAUCGCAGAGCUGGAGAAACAAGAAGAGGAAAAGAGAGAGAAGAAAAUAAAGGUCAGAGGUCACAGUUGAGUGCUGUGAACAGGUGUUUUUGGACAAGUAGUGGAGAGGAGAGGGGGAUGAGGAGAGGUAGAUGAGGAGCGGGGGAAGGGGAGAGGAGUGAUAAGAAAGAACGAAGGUAAAGGGUCAUAGUUGAAUGCUGUCUGUUACUUAUGGAUGUAGACAGGUGACACAUUUGUCUAUUUAUGGGAGGGAAGUGUGCAUCUGUCAGGGAAACAGUGUUGUACAAACAAACAUGAAAUGUGUCCAUGAAUGCAAUGUCAGUCAGCUGCUCUAUUCAGUGGCUAGUUUUGUGUUGAGACUACACAGCACUGCUAAACAAUAUACUAUAGUAACUUUUUUUUAAAUCCAUUAUCAUUUUAACCUUUUUUUAUCCAGGAAGUCCCAUUGAGUUCAGAAUACCUCUUUUACAAGGGAGACCUGGCCAAUAGGGCAGCUCAUAAAAAUAAAAUAAAAACUUACACACAGGAGAUACUCUCCAUAACUUGCUCUGUAUAACUUGUGCUACCUAUAUCUGAUUAAUCUCCAGUCUUCCAGUGUCCUGGAACGAGGGAAGAAAUUGUCAGCGAGCCGGCCGGAGGAGAGAGAGAGAGGGAAGACGCUGUCCAUGAACCGGCCAGGAGACAGGGAGCAAGGGAAGAAUAAGGAGAGCUUGGAGGAUGGAGGAGAGGAGGACUGCAAUAGCCGCGUGACAGCCCUAACCUCUCGGUACGAAACAUGGUGUCGUCUACGUAACAUUAUGUUGUGAUAGUGUUAUUAAUUAUGUAGUAAUAGUAUAGUACCCAGACAGAUAGAAUCAUGAACAAAUUCCACUUCUGGCACCAGUGUAAUGAAAUCGAGGGAGAAGCAUAAGGUCCGAGGCAAGAAGCGAACUCACAAACUUGUGGUCAAUAAUCCCAGAAAGAAUCCAAGAACGCUAGCUACAAGAAAGUUAGCUCCAAGAAAGCUAGCUCCCUGGGGGAGUGGUAAUCAUGCGUAUCAAUUUCAGGGUCAUUUUACUACUUACUAACCAAAAAAUGUUUUGUCCUCCUCAGUCUUUCGAAUCAGAUGAACCUCCAGCUGUGCUUCAUCAAUGACAGUGGAAGCGAAGAAGAGGAGGAGGAUACUGGCAAAAAAGUUAGCGUGAAGGUAAGCACACACACACUCAAAAGGUAAGGCUGGUCAUAGAUAGAGUGCUACAGCUCUUGGAAACAAAGAGGGAUAUACAGUGAGGGAAACUAAUAUUUGAUCCCCUGCUGAUUUUGUACGUUUGCCCACUGACAAAGAAAUGAUCAGUCUAUAAUUUUAAUGGUAGGUUUAUUUGAACAGUGAGAGACAGAAUAACAACAAAAUAAUCCAGAAAAACGCAUGUCAAAAAUGUUAUAAAUGUAUUUGCAUUUUAAUGAGGGAAAUAGGUAUUUGACCCCCUCUCAAUCAGAAAGAUUUCUGGCUCCCAGGUGUCUUUUAUACAGGUAACGAGCUGAGAUUAGGAGCACACUCUUAAAGGGAGUGCUCCUAAUCUCAGUUUGUUACCUGUAUAAAAGACACCUGUCCACAGAAGCAAUCAAUCAAUCAGAUUCCAAACUCUCCACCAUGGCCAUGACCAAAUAGCUCUCCAAUGAUGUCAGGGACAAGAUUGUAGACCUACACAAGGCUAGAAUGGGCUACAAGACCAUCGCCAAGCAGCUUGGUGAGAAGGUGACAACAGUUGGUGCGAUUAUUCGGAAAUGGAAGAAACACAAAAGAACUGUCAAUCUCCCUCGGCCUGGGGCUCCAUGCAAGAUCUCACCUCGUGGAGUUGCAAUGAUCAUGAGAACGGUGAGGAAUCAGCCCAGAACUACACGGGAGGAUCUUGUCAAUGAUCUCAAGGCAACUGGGACCAUAGUCACCAAGAAAACAAUUGGUAACACACUACGACGUGAAGGACUGAAAUCCUGCAGCGCCCACAAGGUCCCCCUGCUCAAGAAAGCACAUAUUCAGGGCUGUCUGAAGUUUGCCAAUGAACAUCUGAAUGAUUCAGAGGAGAACUGGGUGAAAGUGUUGUGGUCAGAUGAGACCAAAAUCAAGCUCUUUGGCAUCAACUCAACUCGCCGUGUUUGGAGGAGGAGGAAUGCUGCCUAUGACCCCAAGAACACCAUCCCCACCGUCAAACAUGGAGGUGGAAACAUUAUGCUUUGGGGGUGUUUUUCUGCUAAGGGGACAGGACAACUUCACCGCAUCAACGGGACGAUGGGCGGGGCAAUGUACCAUCAAAUCUUGGGUGAGAACUCCUUCCCUCAGCCAGGGCAUUGAAAAUGGGUCGUGGAUGGGUAUUCCAGCAUGACAAUGACCCAAAACACACGGCCAAGGCAACAAAGGAGUGGCUCAAGAAGAAGCACAUUAAGGUCCUGGAGUGGCCUAGCCAGUCUCCAGACCAUAAUCCCAUAGAAAAUCUGUGGAGGGAGCUGAAGGUUCGAGUUGCCAAACGUCAGCCUCGAAACCUUAAUGACUUGGAGAAGAUCUGCAAAGAGGAGUGGAACAAAGUCCCUCCUGAGAUGUGUGCAAACCUGGUGGCCAACUACAAGAAACGUCUGACCUCUGUGAUUGCCAACAAGGGUUUUGCCACCAAGUACUAAGUAAUGUUUUGCAGAGGGGUCAAAUACUUAUUUCCCUCAUUAAAAUGCAAAUCAAUUUAUAACAUUUUUGACAUGCGUUUUUCUGGAAUUCUUUGUUGUUAUUCUGUCUCUCACUGUUCAAAUAAACUUACCAUUAAAAUUAUAGACUGAUCAUGUCUUCGUCAGUGGGCAAACGUACAAAAUCAGCAGGGGAUCAAAUACUUAUUUCCCUCACUGUAUCAUAUAAUUGUCAAAGACACUUGUUUGGUUGUAUUCCAGAUCUCAAUCAUAAAGCCAUUUUGUUUUGUUUCUGUCCUUUCAAGAAUUCCAAAAUGGCUGGUAAGAACGGUCCCAGUGUGCAGGUGCGCCAGCAGCCCCAGUUCCCUGCCCCCCCUGCAGCCAAGAGCAAAUCAUCAGGCUUCAAGGCUGCACUGAGCGCACUCAGAAACAAGCUGAGGACCGAGCAGAAACAGGAGGUGAGGGAGGGAGGGACCUGAAUCCCAAAUCAACUCCUAGCCCCUACCCCCUCUGCACUCCUGUAGUUCUGAAUGUAUAGGAUAGGCACUUGCUUCUCCUUGCCGUCUGAUACAACCCAAUCAUAUCUACAGGAGUGGCUAGGAAGGAGUACUGUCCUCGAGGUCCACAGUGUUUUGUUAUUAGGUGUUAUCUUAUAUUCUGUUCUUCACUCUGUCCCCUGUGUCUCAGAGCCCAGCUUGUUGUAAUCCGCUGUUGAAGAAUAGAAGACUGGACCGUAGUGACCUGCAAGCCUUCAGUCUCAAAGAGCUCAACGCCCAUCAAAACUCGCUCAACAAGGCUAUACAAGGUGAGUGGUCACUCAGAUACUACACUGGAUAUAUUGCAUAUUUACACUGAGUGUAUAAAACAUUGCUCUUUCCAUGACCUAGACUGACCAGGUGAAUCCAGGUGAAAGCUAUGAUCCCUUAUUGAUGUCACCUGUUAAAUCCACCUCAAUCAGUGUAGAUGAAGGGGAGGAGACAGGUUAAAGAAGGAUUUUAAAGCCUUGAGACAACUGAGACAUAGAUUGUGUAUGUGUGCCAUUCAGAGGGUGAAUGGGCAAAACAAAAGAUUUAAGUGCCUUUGAACGGGGUAUGGUAGUAGGUGUCAGGCGCACUGGUUUGAGUGUGUCAACAACUGCAACGCUGCAGGGUUUUUCACGCUAAACAGUUUCCCGUGUGUAUGAAGAAUGGUCCACCACCCAAAGGACAUCCAACUUGACACAACUGUGGGAAGCAUUGGAGGCAACAUGGGCCAGCUUGGAAUGCUUUCAACACCUUGUAUAGUCCAUGCCCCGACGAAUUGAGGCUGUUCUGAGAGCAAAAGGGGGUGCAACUUAAUAUUAGGAAGGUAUUCCUAAUGUUUUGUACACUCAGAUUAUAGUUUAGAUAUACACUAUCGGUCAAAAGUUUUAGAACACCUACUCAUUCAAGGGUUUAACCAAAAAAGUGUUAUAUUUUAUAUUUGAGAUUGAGAUUCUUCAAAUAGCCACCCUUUGCCUUGAUGACAGCUUUGCACACUCUUGGUAUUCUCUCAACCAGCUUCACCAGGAAUGCUUUUCCAACAGUCUUGAAGGACUUCCCACAUAUGCUGAGCACUUGUUGGCUGCUUUUCCUUCACUCUGCGGUCCAACUCAUCCCAAACCAUCUCAAUUUGGUUGAGGUUGGGGGAUUGUAGAGGCCAGGUCAUCUGAUGCAGCACUCCAUCACUUUCCUUCUUGGUAAAAUAGCCCUUACACAGCCUGGAGGUGUGUUGGGUUAUUGUCCUGUUGAAAAACAAAUUAUAGUCCCACUAAGCCUAAAUCACAGACAGUGUCACCACCAAAACACCCCACACCAUAACACCUCCUCCUCCAUGCUUUACGGUGGGAAAUACACAUGUGGAGAUCAUCCAUUCACCCACACCGCGUCUCACAAAGACACAGUGGUUGGAACCAAAAAUCUCCAAUUUGGACUCCAGACCAAAGGACAAAUUUCCACCAGUCUAAUGUCCAUUGCUCGUGUUUCUUAGCCCAAGCAAGUCUCUUAUUAUUAUUAGUGUCCUUUAGUAUUGGUUUCUUUGCAGCAAUUUGACCACGAAGGCCUGAUUCACACAGUCUCCUCUGAACAGUUGAUUUUUGAGAUGUGUCUGUUACUUGAACUCUGUGAAGCAUUUAUUUGGGCUGCAAUUUCUGAGGCUGGUAACUCUAAUUAACUUAUCCUCUGCAGCAGAGGUAACUCUGGGUCUUCCAUUCCUGUGGCGUGCCUCAUGAGAGCCAGUUUCAUCAUAGCGCUUGAUGGUUUUUGCGACUGCACUUGAAGAAAUGUUCAAGUUCUAAAAUUGUCUGUAUUGACUGACCUUCAUGUCUUAAAGUAAUGAUGGACUGUUGUUUCUCUUUGCUUAUUUGAGCUGUUCUUGCCAUAAUAUGGACUUGGUCUUUUACUAAAUAUGGCUAUCUUCUGUAUACCCCCCUACCUUGUCACAACACAACUGAUUGGCUCAAACGCAUUAAGAAGGAAAGAAAUUCCACAAAUUAACUUUUAACAUGGCACACCUGUUAAUUGAAAUGCAUUCCAGGUGACUACCUCAUGAAGCUGGUUGAGAGAAUGCCAAGAGUGUGCAAAGCUGUCAUCAAGGCAAAGGGUGGCUAUUUGAAGAAUCUCAAAUAUAAAAUAAGUUUUGAGUUGUUUAACACUUUUUUGGUUACUACAUGAUUCCAUAUGUGUUAUUUCAUAGUUUUGAAGUCUUCACUAUUAUUCUACAAUGUGGAAAAUAGUAAAAAAUAAAGAAAAACCCUUGGAUGAGUAGGUGUUCUAAAACUUUUGACAGGUAGUGUAGGCCAGUGGUUCCCAACCUUUUUUCCUUGGAGCCCCUUGGAGCCCCCCCAAUAUAUUGCACAUAAACGAUGAGCACCGAUUCGUCUGACACUGUUGUUGUUUCAUCCAACUGAAUGGCAAAGGGAACAUUCCUAAGCUUCUCGUGCAGCUGGUUUUGACAACCUCCAGCCAUUUGAUCAAUUCUGUCUUUGACAGUGUUGUCAGAAAGUGGGAUGGUUCUCACUUUAUCCACCACCUGUGGGCCACACAGCCUCUCUACAAUUUUCAGGCAGGCGGGUUUGAUUAGCUGCUCUCCAAUAUUGUGCGGCGUUUUAGCCUUGCAAUUAAUAGUGAACACUCAAAUGACCCCUCCGUAGCUCUGUGUAAAUCGCUGCCUGCUCUUUCAAAUGCUUUUCUGAUGUAUGUGGAUCUUUUUGAUAGUGCCAACUGCUUCUUCCUCUCAAAAAAAUCCUGACCUUCACCAAUAGUCUCCUGGUGUUUUGUUUCCUGGUGUCGUUGCAUUUUGCUUGGAUUUAUGCUGUCAUUAGCUAGCUUCUCGCCACAAAUGACACAUUCUGGCCUAGUCCUGUCCUGUCCUUCAAUAAAACCGAAGUUAAGAUAACUCUCGAGAUAUAGCCUUACUUUCUUUUUUAUGAUGAGUCAUCAGCACUUUUACGUUUCUUAGACAUGUUGUUUUAUUCAUAAAAUAGUGAUGCUCUGACUGCAGGAAAAACGAGCUGCUAGCUGAAACUGAUUGAGCGCGAGUCAUUGUCGUACACUACCGCUUUUACAUUUCUCUGCCAUUAUUAUAAUUUUUUAGAUUGGCCUUGGCAUUGCAAACAUAUUAUUUUUAAUAACAUUUUAAAAUGUAUUACAUUUACAAUUAAAUUAUAGUGGAACAUUUUAUGCAUGUUUGACCUCAAAGCAAAUUAGAUCACGCGCCCCCCCUGUGAACUCUGGCGCCCCCCUAAGGACUCCAGGUUGGGAACCACUGGUGUAGGCUACUUUAUAUUUCACCUUUUUCAUUUAUAAGUUAUACCAACCUUAUUGUUUUACCUUUAUUUCACCUUUGUCAAAUGAUCUGUACAACUCUGCAUUUGAUCUUACAUUUUUGAUCUUACAUUUUGUUUGUGUGUGUCUCUGUGUCUCACCCAUCAGACUUGAGCACAGAGCUGGUGGUUCACCUACAGACUCGGGACCAGCUGAGGACAGAACAGGAUGCUAUGCUGUUGGAGGUACAGGAUAUGACAUCACUCUGACGUCACCUUAGAAUCGCAUAUAGAACCCUGACCAAGAUGGCUGCCAUUAUCAGCACAAUCUAGAGCUAUGCAGAUCUAUGUAUUAUAUAACUCUAUGGACGACACUAUCAGAAGGCCCAUCACCCAUAGAAUCAUUCGAAUCAUUCUAAGUUCUAUGGUCAUCGUCACAUAAAAUGGAAUCCCGGUGUCAGAGAUCAGGUCAAAAUCAGUCAAUGACAGAUACCGGUGCUUGAAGUUAAUGGACGAAUCAAAUCAAUGUGAAGAGACUGCAUCACUCCUAAAUACUUUUUUGAUUGAAUUGCACAGCGUUUUGUUUUUAUUUCCCAGUGAGCAAAACUGGUUGAAAUGAUGUCAUCACACCCAGUUUCACGUUCAUUAUGACAUCAUAUCAACCGGUUUUGCGCUCAGUGUUUUUUGUGUUUUUAUAAAGGGAAAUGUGUAUGUCUGGACUGUUAAUGUUGUAGUGUUUUAGGGGGGAAAUAACUGUAAUAUUAUAAGGGAUUAAUAAGCUGCUAUUGCUGCCCAUGGAUCAAUCUAGUUCUAAUGUCCAUUGUCAUCAACAUGUAGAAAUGCAGUGAUUGUUUGGUAGCACAUUAUUUGAACUAUACGUCAUACGGGAUCAUAAUAAAUGUCAUAAGAUUUCUU